UUGGACAAUCCAACAUGGAUAGAAUUCACGAUCGUUCCCCCCACUUUGGUAUAAAUAGGAACAGUUUAGAUCGAAUAGGUAUCACAAGAAGAACCAGCGUUCAGCCGAGCAGUUCCAAGCCUCACUCACAAAAUCCAACCAUGAAGUGCAUCAUUGCUGCAGUCAUCUUGGCCAUGGCCGCCGUUUCCGAAGCCGGAGUGCUCCCAUGGGGAUGGCCACUAGGCCCAUCGCUGCCUGCCGCCGUCCCAGUUGCCUCGUGGCCCGCUGCCGGAUGGCCAGGUGCGUGGCCAGCUGCCGCUCACUGGCCCGCUGCGGUUGGUCCAUGGCCAGCAGCCAUCCCGGCCCUCCACGGCCCUGCUGCUUCGGUUGCCCAUCACGCUGGAGUCGUUCCCGGAGCCACCUCGGUCACCGCCACCCGUGGAGCCGUCCAUGUUGCCCCACUGGCCGGACAUGCCAUUUCGCAGCAGCAGCUGAAUCUGGCUCCAGCUCCAGGAACUAUCUAAGGUGAUGAUCGAUACUACUAGUCAGGAAUUGAAGCGGCCACCGACAAGAAGCAAUGAACACUACUGGUGUGUGUAUUCGCUACGGGAGUGACUUGCGUCACCAGAGGUGCACACCAAAACUAUUGAAACAGUGAUAAAAUACUCAUUAGAUGAUAGGAUGGGUACCUAGUGCCAUCAACGCUUACACUGAGAGAUUCGUAUGUAAUUACAACUGAGCAAUAUUUCAAUAAAAAUGCGACUCAUUUUUAUGAUAAA